AUAUUUUUUCCCGCGGUCCGGAGGUCAACCUCGAAUCCAAUGAUCCUUCUCUCCGCUGCCUUCUCUCUAGAUCGAUUCGAAGGGAGGUCAAGGAGCAGAGAUUGGGGAUGGGGGAGGAGCGGCGGACGCUGGUGCUGGUGAACCUCGCCGGAAUCAUGGAGAGGGCCGACGAGGCGCUCCUGCCGGCAGUCUACAAGGAGGUCGGGGCGGCGCUUCACGCCUCCCCGACGGGGCUGGGUUCCCUCACCCUCCUCCGGUCCAUCGUCCAGGCCGCUUGCUACCCCCUCGCCACCUACAUGGCCGUCCGCUACAACCGGACCCACGUCAUAGCUCUCGGCGCCUUCCUCUGGGCCGCUGCCACCUUCCUCGUCGCCCUCUCCAACACUUUUCUCCAGGUAGCAAUCUCAAGAGCCUUGAAUGGUAUUGGACUAGCCCUGGUGGUACCAGCCAUCCAGUCCCUUGUAGCUGACUCUACUGAUAACAGCACUCGUGGUAUUGCUUUCGGAUGGCUACAACUCACUGGUAAUAUUGGUUCCAUCAUGGGCAACUUCUUCGCUCUCCUGCUAGCAUCGACGUCGAUCAUGGGAAUUGCUGGUUGGAGAAUUGCUUUCCAUCUAGUCGCUGCAAUAAGUGUAGUUGUAGGAAUCUUGGUCCGGCUAUUUGCCGUAGACCCGCAUUUCUCCUCCAAUGUUAUCUCCAGCGAUGACCUUAUUUCGCGCAAGUCUGUGUGGGCAGAAGUGAAGGACCUCAUCAAAGAAGCCAAAGCUGUUAUGAGAAUCCCAUCAUUUCAGAUUAUAGUGGCUCAAGGUGUCACUGGAUCAUUCCCAUGGUCAGCGCUGUCGUUCGCACCCUUGUGGCUGGAGCUCAUUGGAUUCUCGCAUGAAGGAACUGGAUUACUCAUGACAUUGUUCUCGGUCGCAACGUCCCUUGGAGGACUGUUUGGAGGAAAGAUGGGGGAUUUUCUCGCCAGACACUUUCCAGACUCCGGUAGGAUAGUUCUAUCGCAGAUAAGCUCUGCCUCUUUCAUUCCACUUGCAGCUGUGCUGUUGUUGGUCUUACCUGAUGACCCUUCCACGGGACUUGCCCAUGCCAUUGUCUUGUUCAUCAUGGGAUUGAGCGUCUCUUGGAAUGCUCCUGCUACAAACAAUCCUAUAUUUGCAGAGAUUGUCCCUGAGAGAUCAAGAACCAGUAUCUAUGCUUUGGAUAGAUCUUUUGAGUCCGUACUUGCUUCAUUUGCUCCUCCAGUUGUUGGCUUGUUAGCUGAGCACGUUUAUGGCUACAAACCAGUUUCCGAUGGAUCAGGUGAGGGUGCUGCUGUCGAGACAGACAGAGAGAAUGCUACUUCCCUAGCCAAAGCACUUUACAUUGCAAUGGCGAUUCCAAUGUCGCUUUGUUGCUCCAUCUACUCCUUUCUAUACUGCACCUAUCCUAGAGACAGGGAGAGGGCACGAAUGGAAUCUCUGAUAGCAUCAGAAUUGCAGCAUAUAGAGUUGGAAAAUCCUCCGAGAGCAGGAGAUUAUUCUGAGAUCCGACUUUCUGAACCAGCUUUGUAUAAAAACAAACCGGUCGUGAUUGAUAUGGUUUAUGGAGAGGAAAAUUUUGAGACUGGCGAGGAUGAUGGGAGGAAAUUGCUAUCUGAUGAGGUGGUGUUAUCGGAUGCAAGGGGUUAGCAUAUAAAUCAAAGCAAAGACUCCGCAUCCCAUGGUAAGGUAUCCAAAUGAUCAAUCCAAUUCUCAUGCCAGUGCUUCCAAAAACAAUCAGUAUGAUUUGUUCUAGUCCUUGCUUCUAAAAACCACGUAUCUGAGAUUCAGGAUUCGAGGAGGAAGAUGGGCUGCUUGCAUGGGAGUUCAUUCCAUGCAGAUGGAAUUUAUUGUUGUUUGAUAAUCUGAGAGAUUUGUAAUUGUAAUUCAGAGACAGAAACCAUUGAUCAAGAAAAGAUAGAGACACACAAAAAAUUCCAAAUAGUAUUGGAUUCAUUGGGGCUGACCAUGAGCUAA